UUUGGAUAGGGUAAUUCGAUUUAGGAUAUUUUAUUAUGAUAAAUGUAAAAUUGCUCGUGUUGUUUAUUUGUAUAAGUAACAUUGGUGGGUGCUGCUGUGAUUACUGCAGAAUAUGUCCGAGCCACACGCUCUGCAUGUAUAAGAGACCGGGGCCGGGCCCAUAUUGCAGAUCGUACGACAAGACGGCUUUAAUAACAAAGGAGGAUGUCGAGACGAUCGUCAACAAAAUCAACCUAAGGAGGAACUUUGUCGCUCUCGGGUUGGCCAGGAACUUACCGAGUGCCGCUAACAUGAAUCAAAUGCGUUGGUCUGAAGAGCUGGCUUUAUCUGCCCAACGAUGGGCCGACCAGUGCGACCCCGCCGUCCGCCCCGAUAGGAAGGACCUCUGUCGCGAUUUGGUGGACACAAAAGUCGGGCAGAGCAUUGCUACUGUGAUGGGUCUGUCGCCUGGAUUAAGCGUUAAAAGUUUCGUGGAAAUGUGGUACAUGCAAGCUUUAGACUACAAUGGAAGUGUCACUUAUUACAACCAAUCAGAGGGCCGUAAAACUGAUGAUUUCACACAGUUAAUCUGGGCAGAAACAACGCUAGUCGGCUGCGGGAAAGCAAGAUUUAACAUAGACGAUAAAGGCACGAUGAUAGACAGAUUCGUUUGUAACUUUGCUCCCAAAGGAAACGUUCGAGGAAAACCAGUGUACACAAUUGGAUACCCCGCCACGCAAUGCGAAGAAAACUCUCAUAAAGAUGAAAAAUUUACGGGCCUUUGUAAAUCUGUUACAGAAAAACCUCAAAGACCUAUGGCAACAACCGAAAACAGUUUGUUGAGAAUCAUUUACUUGCCGAAAAAUCCAGUGAAGUUGGAUAUGGACCCUCUUCGACUCGACUAUAAAAACCGAGAGAUAAAACAAGAUAGAUUAAAUUUAAUGAGGCAUCAGAAUUUGAGACACAUCCCAAAUAGCACGCGCGGACUCGUACACCAUAUACCACCAGUGAGGCAACAAAAUAUACAGGAAUUGCCAAAUAUCGCUCCAUUGCAUGAUGUUAUAGCUCGCCAAAACCUCUUAGGACAUUCUCAGAACAUUUACGGUGCUUUUUACAGAACAAGAUCUUCAAUAGAACAUUACAGAAGGAAUGACUAUAUGAGAGACACGGUGAACCCUAAUUAUUAUGACAUCAACCUAGAACCACCAAGUUUUGAUGGGCAAUGUACUCGUAAGUCAGGAAUUGUUCAUACUGAUAAUGCGUGCCACUAUGCUAGUGAAAUAGGACAACCUCAAUGUACUCGAAAAGCCAAAGAAAGAAAUGAAUACAUACUAACAUCUCCACCUUCCUGCAAGAAAAAAGACCAUGCAUCUAUAAAUGCAUGUGACUCACAAAAACUUACUUGCAUGCUGAAUCCAGCCACAACUGUAAACAAUUGCAAUUACAAAUGCCAUUGUCUUAACAUUGAAAAUCCGGGCUUGGAAAAUCGUCGUCGAAUCCCAGGCGAAUAUGUAUACUACGAUUACCUUCCCAACUUAGCGCUUCGUGGUGGGGUAGAAUUCGACGGUAGGCACCCUACAAACCAUCAUACGAAUUCAAUUACCUCAUUGCCUAAAGACCAAAGUACUGCCAACUAUUUUACCCGCCAUAUAAAUAUACAUAAGCAAAUAACAAAUACACCAAGAUCAUCUUUGGAAAGUAGAUGA